AUCAACCCCCCUAUCUUUAUUAUUAUUAUAUUAACCGUUAUCUCAGGAACUAUAAUUGUAGUGACAACCUCCCACUGACUUCUAGUCUGAAUUGGCUUUGAAAUGAACCUAUUAGCCAUCAUCCCCAUCCUCAUGAAAAAAUACAACCCACGAGCCAUAGAAGCAGCCACAAAAUAUUUCUUAACACAAGCAGCCGCCUCCAUAAUCCUAAUAAUAUGAAUCAUUAUCAAUCUACUGCACUCGGGACAAUGGACCGUACUAAAAGACCUUAAUCCCAUAGCAUCAAUCAUAAUAACAACCGCUCUAGCAAUAAAACUAGGACUAGCCCCAUUCCACUUCUGAGUACCCGAAGUUACACAAGGAAUUUCUAUAUCAUCAGGCUUAAUUCUACUAACAUGACAAAAAAUUGCACCACUAUCAAUCCUCUACCAAAUCUCAUCCACCAUUAACCCUAACCUAAUCCUAACAAUAUCCAUCUUAUCAGUCAUAAUCGGAGGCUGAGGAGGCCUAAACCAAACACAACUACGAAAAAUCAUAGCAUACUCCUCAAUCGCCCAUAUAGGCUGAAUGACAGCUAUCAUAAUGUACAGCCCCACAAUAAUAAUCUUAAACCUAACUAUCUAUAUCAUUAUAACACUAACCACCUUCAUACUAUUUAUACACAACUCCACCACAACAACAGCAUCCCUAUCACAAACAUGAAAUAAAACCCCUCUAAUCACCUCACUCAUCCUAGUAUUAAUAAUAUCCCUGGGAGGCCUCCCCCCACUCUCCGGAUUUAUCCCAAAAUGAAUAAUCAUCCAAGAAUUGACUAAAAAUGAAUUAAUCAUAAUGCCAACAUUACUAGCCAUAACAGCACUACUCAACCUAUACUUCUACAUACGACUAACAUACACCACCGCACUAACCAUGUUCCCCUCAAACAACAGUAUAAAAAUAAAAUGACGAUUUGAAUGCACAAAAAAAAUAACCUUCCUACCCCCUCUAGUUGUAAUAUCAACCAUACUACUUCCACUCGCACCAAUACUAUCUAUCCUGGAUU